AUGAAAAUAAUUUUCCUGGGAUUAAUUUUGGCAUUAGCCAUAGCCGAUGCGGGACGUUUAUUGAAUCCUUGCAAGCAGCCUGGAUUUUUCGCGCACGUUGAUAAUACAUCUGCUUUUUAUGGCUGCUAUCUAAAUGAAGAUGGAAAUUUGGAUGUAAAAUAUUUGACAUGCGCAACUGGUCACCUCUUCAAACGCACUGCCGGAUAUUGCGUGCCCAAAACUACUUUCGCAAUUGAAGCAAGAGCCGUCACGGAUAGUAAUAACGAUGUAGAAAAUCCCACCGAACCGACUACUACGACAAAAGGUGAUAUCAUAAAACCUACAAUUCCCACAACCGCUGCUACUGGUAGCACUAUUAACGGCAACACAAAAGUAGAUAAUAAUGAUGACGGUGAAACCACAGAGGGUUCCACUGAGGCUACAACAACUGUAGAAACAACAGAGGUUACUGAGCAACCGGAAACAACUGAAAACUCUACGGAAACUACUGAGGAACCUGCAACCACUGACGAAACCACAGUCGUCUCUACUGAAGAACCUGCAACGACCGAAGAGACUACCGAGACUACUGAGGAACCCGCUACAACUGCGAGCACUACUAAGACAACUGAAGAACCAACCACAACUGCGAGUACUACUGAGGAACCAACAACAACUGAUGAACCUAAUACUACUGCAAGCUCUACUGAGACAACUGAAGAACCAACAACAACAGCUAGCCCUACUGAGACAACUGAGGAACCUGCAACGACUGAAAGCUCUACUGAGGAACCAACAACAACUGGAAGCUCUACUGAGACAACUGAAGAACCAGCAACAACUGCGAGCUCUACUGAGACAACUGAAGAACCUGCAACAGCUGGAAGCUCAACUGAAGAACCUGCAACAACUGGAAGCUCUACCGGCUCAACUGAAGAAUCAUCCACAACGAGCGGGUCAGUUAGCACAACUGAACCGGAGAGCACUACUUUACCUGCAUUUGAUUGUCCCGAUGAGGGCUUCUUUUCCCAAUCUGGAUCAUGCGAUAAAUUCGCCUACUGCGCUAAUGUUAAUGGUGAAAUAAAGUACUAUCUACUAAGUUGUCCCACGGGCCAACAAUUUAAUUAUUAUGAAUCAUUCUGCGAUGCAAAUUUCGAUUGCGCUGAUGCAACGCGCUCAGUAAGUCGCAAUUCAGCACGCCGCCGUUUCAACAUAUUUCGGCUUCUUAAUCAUUUCUAG